CUGUGUCUUUGGUUUUGUCGGGGCACAUAUAUAUGAACACUUUCUUGCGACGUACAUUAUUUUUCACUUUACCGCAGCAACAACGGCGGCGGUAGAGUACACCGCGCCACUUAUAGCAAGUGAGGAACAGCGAUAGAGUUAAGAGUCGUGUAGGUACCGGAAUCCCAAUAUAGCAAAGAAACAAGUGGAGAAAGUGCAUACUGUACAAAUUGGAACCACGUUCCAUGGUUGGAUUAAGGGGCAGACAGGCGGCUCAACGAUGGUAUGUUGGUGAGGUGGUCUCCUAGGUGCCAUUUGAAGGGCUGCGUCUGAGGGCCCCCCCCCCCAGACCACAUCUUACCGCCAGGACCCUGCUUUUUUUUUUUUUUUCCCCCUUUUUCCAUUUUCUUUUGGAUUGUGGUUCCUUAAGCAUAGUGCCUCAUGGUGGAGUAGCGAGUGACUUUCAACUUCAAAGAAAAAAAGAAAAGAAAAAAAAAGAAGGAAUAUUUAGCAAAGAAAAGCGGGAAAGGCAGGAGAAGAGAAGAUGUCGUCCAACAGGAGCCAGAACCCGCACGGCCUGAAACAGAUCGGACUGGACCAGAUCUGGGAUGAUCUCCGGGCGGGAAUACAGCAGGUGUACACCAGACAGAGCAUGGCCAAGUCACGAUACAUGGAACUCUACACACAUGUUUAUAACUAUUGCACGAGCGUGCAUCAAUCCAACCAGGCCCGGGGUGCUGGGGCGCCACCCUCCAAGCCCUCCAAGAAAGCGCCCACCCCAGGCGGGGCCCAGUUUGUGGGACUGGAGCUCUACAAAAGACUGAAGGAAUUUCUGAAGAACUACCUGACUAACCUCCUCAAGGACGGGGAAGACUUGAUGGACGAGAGUGUGCUAAAGUUCUACACGCAGCAGUGGGAGGACUACAGAUUCUCCAGCAAAGUGUUAAACGGUAUCUGUGCCUACCUCAAUCGACACUGGGUUCGGCGCGAGUGCGACGAGGGCCGGAAAGGAAUCUACGAAAUCUACUCGCUUGCCUUGGUUACAUGGAGGGAAUGCUUAUUUAGACCUUUGAAUAAACAAGUGACAAAUGCAGUGUUGAAGCUGAUUGAAAAGGAGCGUAAUGGGGAGACCAUCAACACCAGGCUAAUCAGCGGCGUGGUCCAGUCCUACGUUGAGCUGGGCCUGAAUGAAGAUGAUGCCUUCGCUAAGGGACCCACAUUAUCUGUUUACAAAGAGUACUUUGAGACUCAGUUCUUGGCAGACACCGAGCGUUUCUACACGAGGGAAAGCACAGAGUUCCUGCAACAAAAUCCCGUUACUGAGUACAUGAAAAAGGCGGAGGCCCGGCUGCUGGAGGAGCAGCGGCGGGUGCAGGUGUACCUGCACGAGAGCACGCAGGACGAGCUGGCGCGCAAGUGCGAGCAGGUCCUCAUCGAGAAGCACCUGGAGAUCUUCCACACAGAGUUCCAGAACCUUCUGGACGCCGACAAGAACGAAGACCUGGGCCGGAUGUACAAUCUGGUCUCCCGGAUCACAGAUGGCCUGGGAGAGCUGAAGAAGCUUCUGGAGACGCACAUUCACAACCAGGGACUGGCAGCCAUUGAGAAGUGUGGGGAAGCUGCUCUCAACGAUCCCAAAAUGUACGUUCAAACCAUCCUGGACGUGCACAAGAAGUACAAUGCACUAGUAAUGUCGGCGUUCAACAACGACGCCGGUUUCGUGGCUGCGCUAGACAAGGCUUGCGGCCGGUUCAUCAACAACAACGCGGUGACCAAGAUGGCGCAGUCUUCCAGCAAGUCGCCGGAGCUGCUGGCCAGAUACUGUGACUCCCUGCUGAAGAAGAGCUCCAAGAACCCAGAAGAAGCUGAGCUGGAGGACACCCUCAACCAAGUGAUGGUGGUCUUCAAGUACAUCGAAGACAAAGACGUGUUCCAGAAGUUCUACGCCAAGAUGCUGGCCAAGCGGCUGGUGCACCAGAACAGCGCCAGCGACGACGCCGAGGCCAGCAUGAUCUCCAAACUGAAGCAAGCGUGCGGGUUCGAGUACACCUCCAAACUGCAGCGCAUGUUCCAGGACAUCGGCGUCAGCAAAGACUUGAACGAGCAAUUCAAAAAGCACCUCUCCAACUCUGAGCCCCUGGACUUGGACUUCAGCAUCCAGGUCCUCAGUUCAGGAUCUUGGCCCUUCCAGCAGUCGUGCACGUUCGCUUUACCAUCCGAGCUGGAGAGGAGUUACCAAAGAUUCACGGCCUUCUACGCCAGCAGACACAGCGGCCGCAAGCUGACCUGGCUCUACCACCUGUCCAAAGGGGAGCUGGUCACCAACUGCUUUAAGAACAGAUACACCCUGCAGGCUUCCACAUUCCAGAUGGCCAUCCUCCUGCAGUACAACACAGAGGACCUCUACACCGUCCAGCAGCUGACCGACAGCACGCAGAUCAAAAUCGACAUAUUGGUGCAGGUUUUGCAGAUCUUGUUAAAGUCAAAAUUACUGGUCCUGGAAGAUGAAAAUGCUAAUGUGGAUGAGGUGGAGUUCAAGCCUGACACUUUAAUAAAACUUUUCCUGGGGUAUAAGAAUAAGAAGCUGAGAGUCAACAUCAACGUGCCAAUGAAGACUGAGCAGAAGCAGGAGCAGGAGACCACCCACAAGAACAUAGAGGAGGACCGCAAAUUACUCAUCCAGGCCGCCAUCGUCAGAAUCAUGAAGAUGAGGAAAGUCCUCAAGCACCAGCAGCUCCUGGCGGAGGUCCUGAACCAGCUGUCCUCUCGCUUUAAACCCAGGGUUCCUGUCAUUAAAAAAUGCAUCGACAUCCUGAUCGAGAAGGAGUACCUGGAGCGCGUUGACGGGGAAAAGGAUACUUACAGCUACUUGGCUUAAAUGUUUAUUUUAUUUUUUCCCCCCUCCUUUCUUUUUUUUUUUUCUUCUGAAAAGUGUCUCUGAGUAAUAAACUUGAUUCCUUUUGACAUUCGGCCGACGUUAGAAACGCGAGCACGGAGCGGGAAAGGACGAACUGAAGAGAAGGCGUUCGGAAUCUCCCGGGCGGCUAGCGGCUAGUGGCUAGCAGCCGCGAACUGGACCUCCCUUUAAAACUCUGAGACUGGGGAAGCUGCCAGCCAGUGUCCUAAAUUCACAUCCGAACUGCUCAGGAUCACACAGUUUUGAUAUGUAAAUAUGGACACGAGACCUCUACCCGUACCUAGCGAAGCAAACAUUACAAACCGAGUCGGAAACCGCCUCUUGUCGGGGAGGGGGAGGUGUUGCAUGCUACUGCCUAUCUGCAUUUAAGCAAAAAUAAAAUAAGUUAAAAUAAUGAAAUGGCUGUUGAGGCCACUGCAAUGAGUGGCUGUUGGAAUUUAAGGAAAUACAUUUUAAAAAAAGGAAAGAAAAAAAAACUAAUUUAUGAAUGCAAUUUUGGCAGCACUUUCAGAGAACGUACUAGUGUCGGAAUGGGCCCUUAGAACUGUGUAAUCUGCAUUGUUAACUGCUACGAGAAAACCAUUUGUAUAGUGUGGUUCAUUUUUUAAAUGUGUGAUAAAUAAAAAUUAAAGGUUUCUGUAGGCCUUG